UAUCUUGUUACUUAUUUAAAGGCUAAUCCAAUAACAGAGCAUAGCAGAAAUUAUGUCUAAUGUAAUUUAAAAUAUCUAGAUAAAAAGAAUCAAAUGAAAAUAUUUGCGUGGUUAAUAUCAUUUCUUUAAGGAGAAGGAUUUUUUUACUUCUAAAAUCAAGCAGAGAAUAUUUUUUGAAUUAGUCGGAUGUGAAGUCAGUUUAAGAAAAAAUGUGAUAGGAGCAUAAAAAGAGAAUACAAUAAUAGAACACAUUUUUUUAACAUUUGAAUCUUAAAUAAUAAAGACAAUACUUUUGUUUAACAGUUUCCAGAGAGGAACAUAGAAGAAACCUUAAAAUGGAAAGCAUGAAGACCAAGACGUCCUGCCUUUACGUGUAUGUUUGGCUUCUGGUAUUUAUCGGGGUGUGUACACGAUAUUCACGUGCGCUCGUUACAGACAACAGAAUAGCGUCAACGAAAUGGACAGAAGAUGACGGAGACAUAACCGAAUCAUUACCAUGGCAACUGAACGAUAAAUACGACCUUUUACAAGAAUUGGGUCGUCUAGCUCAGGCAGAAGAAGAUAUUGUCGGCAAGAUACAUGCGUUAACAGCAGACCGAGAAAAUCUUAGAGCACAGAAAAGGGGACAUGUCCAGUGUUUUUUAAAUCUAGUAUCUUGUUAUAGGAAAAGGAAAUAAUAGACUUAAAAUUAGACAAACGAACAAGCGUCAGCUAUCAGCUGGCCCAUAACAAUGAGUUUAUUUUUUUACACACAUUAUGAUUGAAUUUUAUUAGCAGCUACCCUUUAAGUCCCUAUCGAACAUUGGUUUAACACAUUUAAAUUGGUAUCUAUGAACAAAUUACAACAUUCUAAUAUAUCGUACUAACUACAAUGUCCAAUUCUUAUACAUGUUAAUAUGAAAUAAAAAAGAGGG